GAGAUAGCGCCACUGACGUACAAAAUGUCUGACGUGUAAAAAUCUAAUAUAAAAACUGAGGAAAUUUUGUUGAUAGUUUAGUCCACGUUUAGUCGUCGAAAUAUGUCUAGUUAUAGAACGAAAUUAAUAUUAUAAAAUAGUGAAAUAAUUUAAUAGACAAUGACAUUAAUGAUACUUUAUCGUAAAGUAUAUUAAAUCUCGCACACAUCUUCUUACUUUAUCUUUUAUUGCGACACCGCGUCACCUGACUUAUCUCUGUCGUGUUAUUUAUGCAAGUACUUUUGCUUUUUAGGAUAUUUAAAUAAUUCCCUAUUAUAUAAGUUCGUUUGAAUUUUAAUAUUAAUUUAUAAAGAUUCCAAAAAAUGCAACAUUGUUCAUAUGUUAAUUUAUGAAUUAACCAUAAAUCGUAUAUCAAUAAUGAGACUCAACUCCUACUGUUAGUGCAAAAUGAAACUUAACAUUAAACGAGGAUUUGAUUGGCUCUAUAAAGUUAAUGCUAUAAAAGAUAAAUUAUUUUCAUCCAAAAAUUUAUUAUACACCAACGUAGCCGUAUCAAUUUCUCUUUCAGCUGUAGGAGAUAUUAUAGAACAACACUAUGAAAUAAUAAAGGGCCAAUGGGAAAAAUGGAGUCCAAGCAGAACAAGGAAUAUGGCCGUGAGUGGCAUGUCCAUCGGUAUUGUUUGCCAUUACUGGUACAAAUACUUGGAUUCUAAGUUAUCUGGACGCACUAGUAAAAUUGUACUGAAAAAAGUAAUUAUUGAUCAGUUAAUUGGUUCCCCGCUUUGUAUAGGGAUGUUCUUUUUAACUAUAGGAUUAUUGGAAAAAUGCAAUUUGUCAGAACUAAAAAAUGAGAUAGUGAAUAAGGCACAUAAAUUGUACGUAGCAGAGUGGAUCAUAUGGCCCCCAGCACAGAUUAUUAAUUUCUAUUUUCUUCCAACUAAAUAUAGAGUUUUGUACGAUAAUACUGUAUCACUUGGCUAUGACGUUUACACGAGUCAAGUUAAAUAUGACAAAAAUGAAAUUACAUGUCAAUGAUAAUUGUAUUUAUAUAGAUAAUUUUAAUUUAUUACUUUGCGUAUAACAAUAUUACGCUAAAGAAAUAUAAUAAUAAAAAAGACAUA